GUUGUAUUUGAUUUUCAAGUCAUUCAGUUCAACUUGGGCUGGCAGUGCAAGCGUGCGUGUAAGUGUAACGCAAUGUUGGGAGGAGCUGCAAAAACCUUCACAAACUUCUUGGGAGCUCCAUUCCCAUUCAUCUCAUCAACCAAAAUCGAUAUCAAAAUCAAACGCACACAAACCAACCUCUCUUUUCCAUCCAAUGGCUGUCGUUGUAUCUCCGCUUCAGCCGCGUCACCCGAGCCAGCAUCUCCGGGUCAAUUCCGAGUCGACAUCCUCUCUGAAUCGCUUCCUUUCAUACAAAAAUUCAGAGGCAAAACUAUCGUCGUCAAAUACGGCGGCGCCGCCAUGAAGUCACCGGAGCUUCAAGCCUCAGUCAUUAACGAUCUCGUUCUCCUCUGGUGCGUCGGUCUCCGUCCUGUCAUGGUUCACGGCGGCGGUCCUGAAAUCAACCACUGGCUCGGCCGUCUCAACAUUCAGCCCGUUUUCCGUGACGGCCUCCGUGUCACUGACGCUGAAACGAUGGAGAUCGUUUCCAUGGUUCUCGUCGGAAAAGUUAACAAAAUUCUCGUUUCUUUAAUCAACAAAGCCGACGCCACCGCCGUCGGUCUCUCCGGUGUGGACGGAAAACUCCUCACCGCACGUCCUAGUCCUAAUUCCUCAAACCUUGGGUUCGUUGGCGAGGUUGCAAGAGUAGAUCCUGCUGUUCUCCGGUCUCUAGUCGACAGCGGACAAAUUCCAGUGGUUGCAUCCGUUGCGGCUGAUGAAUCCGGACAACUGUACAACAUCAAUGCCGAUACGGUUGCCGGAGAAUUAGCGGCGGCAUUAGGAGCGGAGAAAUUGAUACUGUUGACGGAUGUGGCGGGGAUAUUGGAAGAUCGGAAUGAUCCAGAGAGUUUGGUGAAGAAGAUUGAUAUAAAAGGAGUGACAAAGAUGAUUGAAGAUGGAAUUAUUGGUGGUGGAAUGAUUCCUAAGGUGAAUUGUUGCAUUCGAUCGCUAGCACAAGGGGUUAAAACUGCAAGUAUUAUUGAUGGUAGGGUUCCACACUCUUUGUUACUUGAGAUUUUAACUGAUGAAGGUGCUGGUACCAUGAUUACUGGCUAAUUUACUUGCGAAAUCAUGUUUUUUAGUUUUAAAUUCAAGCUCUGUGUUUUCUUCACAAUGUUGAUUGCACCUUCAAUUUGUAAGACUCGGAAAUUAGGUGGUAGAACUGGAAAGCCAAUGUAAGUUAUGUUGUUAGAUAAUAAUAAUUGCCCUGCAAUGUUAGGGGAAGCUGUUGUUUACGACCGUCUAAUGAUGUGGAGGCGUAAACAAACACUGAUUAAAUCAAACAUUUCGGACUCUAUAAUUUUUAAAACUGUGGUGUUUAAUGUUUCA